UCUCUGCUGCUGCUGCAGCUCACCGGGACUUUAAACUACAACCUGGAGCUCAGUGACCUAAAAUACACCACUGAAGAAGAGUUUGACUUUGACAGGUGUGAAGGUGUUUCUACAGCUGGUAAAACAUGAUAAGGUGGAUUGUGUCGCUGUCUGUGUGUCUACAUGUCAUCUCAGCUGCAUUUGAUUACAUUUCCACAGACCCAGAGGAUGUGCUGAGUGUGAGCAUCCCUCUGGAGGAACCACAGCAUCCUCUACUGGGAUCAACAUUAGUACUACCGUGUUACUUUGAGGAUCACACAGUCCCAGACCCAGGAGCUCCCAUCAUCGCUCCCCUCGCUCAUCGCAUAAAAUGGAGCCUUGUCACCAAAGAAAAAGUCACAACUAUCCUGGUGGCUUUGGAAGGACAGGUGCAUAUCAGUGAGACCUACCUGGACAGAGUUCAUAUGUUGGGAUACCCCAUGACUUCUACAGAUGCCAGCAUCAAGAUAUCUGAACUGUGUUCCACUGACACAGGAGUCUACCGCUGUGAGGUUCAGCAUGGUAUUGAGGGCAACCAUGACAUCGUCCAUGUGCAGGUUCAAGGUUUGGUGUUCCACUACCGUGCCAUUAUGGGACGCUACAGUUUAACUUUUGAAAAGGCAAAGGCAGCAUGUGCCCAGAACAGUGCGGUCAUGGCUUCACCUGAACAGCUUCAAGCGGCCUAUGAUGACGGAUUUCACCAGUGUGACGCUGGCUGGCUCUCGGACCAAACAGUCAGGUACCCGAUCCACGAUCCUCGUGUGAACUGCUAUGGUGACAAGGAGAUGCUGCCUGGAGUCAGGACAUAUGGAGUGAGAGACCUCAAUGAGACUUAUGAUGUCUACUGCUUCACUGAGAGGAUGACAGGCAGAGUUUUCUACACAGCUUCUGCAGAAAAAUUCACCUUCGAUGAGGCUGUGGUGGCAUGCUCAAGACAGGGAGCUCAGUUGGCCACUACUGGUCAGCUCUACCUGGCCUGGCAGGGCGGGAUGGACGUAUGUAACGCUGGCUGGCUGGGAGACAGGAGCGUCCGAUAUCCCAUCAACGUUCGUCGGCCGCAGUGUGGAGGGGGUCUGCUGGGGGUGCGAACUGUUUACCUCCACACAAACCAGACAGGAUACCCAGUUCCUGAGUCUCGCUAUGAUGCCUUCUGCUAUACAGAGUCCCCUGAUGAGGAAGGUUCAGGCAUCAUAGAAGAGGGAAGUGGCGUGCUGAGUGUUACUACUGUGACAAGGAGCCCAGAGGUGUUCUUCAGUAGGACGACCACAGAGAGCGAGGCGGUCGGAGAGGUGGAGACUCAGCAGCCUACCAUUGUGGACUUCACCUACACAGAGAGCCCUACUGAGCUGCCACUGCCUCAGCCGCCUGUCACUGAGGUCAUCAUUGACGUGAUAGUGCAAGCCACUGCCCGGCCCGACACAGGCAGGGAGCGCAGCAAAGGCUUUGUGAUGUCUUCAAGUGGUGUUGUCUUCCACUAUCGCUCAGGAUCUAGCCACUAUGCCCUCACCUUUGUUGAGGCCCAGCUGGCCUGCCAGAGUGUCGGAGCUUCCAUCGCCACACCAGAGCAGCUGCAGGCCGCAUAUGAGGCUGGAUACCACCAGUGUGAUGCGGGAUGGUUGAAGGACCAGACUGUCAGGUAUCCCAUUGUUUUCCCUCGAGAUAAGUGUGCUGGAGAUCUGGGGGAUCGACCUGGAGUCAGGUCAUAUGGUUUAAGGCCAGCAGAUGAGACAUAUGAUGUGUACUGCUACAUUGAUGGGCUCAAAGGUGAAGUUUUCCAUGUGGGGUCUGCUGAGGGUUUCACCUAUGAUGAGGCCGCUGCUAGCUGUCUAGAGCAGAAUGCCGUCCUGGCCUCCACUGGAGAGCUAUAUGCAGCCUGGAAAAUGGGUUAUGACAACUGCCGUGCCGGCUGGUUAGUGGAUCGCAGUGUCCGCUAUCCAAUCAACAACCCCCGCAAUGAGUGUGGAGCUGGGAAAGUAGGAGUACACACUGUGAAUGCUCACUCCAACCAGACAAGCUUCCCUGAACUUGAUGCCAGAUUUGACGCAUACUGUUUCAGAGCUGUUCCUUCCAUUGUCACUCCCAUCCCUGUGGAGACUUCAGGUUCUGGGUCAGGCUCAGCAGACUUUGGCUCAGGGUCUGGGGUAGAUGGUGCCUCUGAAGACCUAUCUGGUUCUGGAGACCUAUCUGGUUCUGGUGACAAGGUCAUCUCUGGUGAUCUGUCUGGCUCUGGAGACCUGUCUGGUUCUGGAGACAGGGUCAUUUCUGGAGAUCUGUCCGGCUCUGGAGACCUAUCUGGUUCUGGAGAUAAAUCUGGUUCUGGAGACUUGUCUGGUUCUGGAGACCUGGCCGGCAGUGCCAGUACUGAGCUGCCCAGUGGGGCAUCAGGUUUCAGCAGUAUAGAUGCUUCUGGAUCAGCUCUCAGUGGAGAAGGAUCCGGCAUCACUGUUGUUUUUUCGGGCAUCGACAGCAUUGUCUCUGGAGACGGCUCAGCUUCAGGAGGACUCCAAGAAGCCGGAGAGGGAAGCACAGGGAUCAUUAUUUUCCCUUCUGAAUCAGGCUCUGGGAUUCUCAGUGGUAGCGGGGACCUGUCCGGAUCUGGAUUUGGUUUCGGCUCUGACUUUUCUGGGUUCAGUGGUUUCCCAUCAGGAUCCUCCUCUGGAAGUGCUAGUGGACACUCAGGAGAUCUUUCUGGAAGUGGAGAUGCUCAGAUCUUACUGAUAGAUGGUGAACUGAUUGAUGUGUCCAUCCCUAUUACCCACAAGGAGCAUGAGCUUGGUGGAGGCCAAGUGGAGUUUAGUGGCUCUGGAGACAUUUCAGGAUCUGGGAUUGUCAGUGGUGAUCUCAGUGGCUCAGCCUCUGGAAGUGGCUCUGGAUUCUUCUUCCCAGGUGUGACCUAUUUUGGGUCAGGGUUCACUGACCUUACAGGGUCAUCCUCUGGAGAGGAGGAGGCCUCUGGGUAUCUACUCUACGGCUCUGGACAGGGAAGUGGUGGACAUUUGUCUGGAUUUGGAAGCUUGAGUUUCGUCUCUGGGUCUGGAUCGGGAAUAUCUGGAUCAGGAAUGUCUGCAUCCGAGUCCUCAACAAGCGGAGAAAAAGGCAGUGUUACAUUUUUGACUGGGGAUUUUUUGACAGAGGUAUCCGGGGACUCUGCUCUGUCUAUGGAGCUUGGACAGGGGUCAUUGGAGUACAGCGGAGAAGGAAGCAGUAGUGGCAGUGGCUUCUACUCUGGAAGCGGAGACAACCUCUUGUCCACAGCUAGUGGCAGUGGAAGUGGAAGUGGAAGUAGAGCUUCCUCUGGAGAUCUACCACAGUUGGUACUACCCUCUCCAUCCAGUGAGUGGGCACCAACAGAGAACACCAAAGGACCCCAGGAGGCCCGUGGGGUUGAACUGUCAGAGUCCCCUGGUGAUGUCUAUGGAACUCCCCACCCUGUGCUUGCCCCUGCAGGACUGGCUGCUCCUCCCACUGCAGCUACACUCGCCUCUGAGCAGGCACCAGGUGUUGUUGAAGAAUCAGAUUCAAGGAAGGGUGGCUCUAACCCAUGUGAACCCAACCCCUGUGGUGCUGGGGCAUGCACUGUUGAGGACGGGGUUGCUCAUUGCCAUGGUAACUACGGAGGGGAACGUUGUGAGAUCGAUGAGCAGCAGUGUGAAGACGGUUGGACUAAGUUUCAGGGGAACUGCUACCUGCACUUCUCUGAUAGAGAGGUAUGGCUCGACGCAGAGCAGCGCUGCAGGGACCUGAACGCCCACCUGGUCAGCAUCAUCACCCCAGAGGAACAAGGCUUUGUUAACUCAAACGCACAGGACUACCAGUGGAUUGGGCUGAAUGACAAGACAGUAGAGAACGAUUUCCGCUGGAUAGAUGGCACUCCACUGCAAUACGUGAACUGGAAGCCAAAUCAGCCAGACAAUUACUUCAACUCUGGAGAAGAUUGUGUGGUGAUGAUCUGGCAUGAGAACGGGCAGUGGAACGACGUGCCAUGCAACUACCACCUGCCGUUUACCUGCAAGAAAGGACCAGUGUCCUGUGGUGCUCCACCGCUGGUGGAGAAUGCUUUCAUGUUUGGUAGCCUGAGGGGAGAAUACCCUGUCAACUCCAUCAUCCGCUAUCAGUGCAACCCAGGGUUCACACAGCGUCACCCUCCAGUGGUGCACUGCAAAGCAGACGGGCAGUGGGAGAAUCCCCAAGUGCAAUGUACUGACGUGAAAGCCAGAAAAAGAAUACAGCGGAGGAGCAGCAGGAAUAGCAAAGAAAUCGAUAUUACAUUUUAG